AUGGUGCGCGGACGUGGCGACGCUUUAGCUGGACAGCGCGCGUUGUGUCCCUGGAUGGCAUACGAUUCGGACGGGAUGAGUAUGGCGAGCGCGCGGCAGUCGUGGGAAGCAAAGGAACAGCGGGAAGCGCAGGAGAUUGCCGAGUUUGAGGCCAUUGAGCGCCAUCUCGUCGAGGAAACAGCCGCGUCUCAGCGCGAAUAA